CAUUUUCUUUUACUUGGCUCACGGUCAUCACAUACCUUUAAUUCACUGUAAAAUGAAUUGCGACGUCAUUAAGAUAAUAUGUGAACAGUAUUAAAUGUCAUCCCAUAACCAAUGAUUUCGGAGGCAGCAGUCCAUUUGAAAAGUACCAAAUAAUUCCAAUUGCUGUUGACAAUCUCUGUUGACAUCUACAAGUUUUUAGUCGGCAUGUCGUUUGAUCGGGGAUCAAAGAGAAACUCUUUCAGAAACCGUGGAUUUCAUAGGAAUGCGGUAAAUACUGGAGGUGGAGUGAACCCUUGGGAGGGAGGCAUGAUGCCUGGGCGUGGAAUCCUGCCUACUCCAAAUAACAACCUUGCAAUGGCAUCGCCCCAGGCACAGCUUGCUAUAGCCAGCAAUCUCAUCACCAAUUUACUCAGAAGCCAACAAGAAGUACAACCACAAGUACCCUCGUUACUCAGUCUCGGAAACAACUUUGGCGGUCCAGGCCCAAAUUUUCGAAAUCCUCAACCCUUUGGACUUGGACGGUUCAAUGAACGUCCGAUGCGUCGUCCUGUAGAGAAUCGUCGGUCAGAGUCUUACAAGAUGGGCUCUCGAGCCCGAGAUGCCCCGGCUGGGCGACGUGGUCCAUCUGUGCAACAAUAUCGUGCAGUCCAGUCUGGUAAUCAACGUCUGAAUGGAAACCAAAUUCAGCAUCGCAACGAUAAAUCUUCUAAACCAAUUCCUGCCUCUAAGUAUAAUCAGACUGCCACUAUCAGAAAGGAACCACAGGAUGUUAAGACUUCUGAUAAUGAAAAAGCAGUUACAUCCGAUUCCAAAAGUAAUGGAGAUAUCGAAGAAAUUGAAAGCAAAAAACGUGAUUGGAAAGAUGAGAAAAACGAAGAAGUUACUCCACCUAUUAAGUCUGAAAAUUCAUUAAAUCCACCUAAGGAUGAAAAUAUUUCUGCUCUCGAAACUACAGGAGAAGCUAAAGAUAAUAACAAAGUUAAUGAUACGUCAAUGACAAAUAAUGACAAGGAAGGAAAAAUAGCCAAUAGGAAAUCUGAAAUCCGUCAUGCGGAAAGCCUUUACGCUGAUGUUCCCAUGAAUCGCAUGUUCUGUCAUGUCUGCAAUAAACAUAUGUGGGAUGGUUACUCUUUUGAAAAUCACCUUCGCGGUCGUGCACAUCAGUUGAUGAUGGAUAAACUGGACGAGUCCUAUAAACUGAAGGUUGAUUUGAUGAGACACGAACUACGCGUAGCCGAGGAACAACGUGAACUUAGUUUGAACAACUCAAAACGUCGUGGUAAAAAGGUUUCCGUUGAUCUUAAUGUUCGAGAAUAUUGUACAAUGUGUGAUCUCAACUUUUAUGGUACAUUAUCGAUUCAUCGCAAGAGUGAUAAGCACCAGCAACUCAAGACAUUCUUACAUCCUCGAUGUUUGGAAUGUGCCAAGGAGUUUCCGUCACGCAUAGAAUUUGAUGAACAUUGUCUUACACCCAUACACAUGAAAUCUUUAGCGCAAGUCGAAGGACAACGAAAAAAUAAGAAGGAAAAACUAGCAAAAGGGGAAUCUGAGGUCUCUACGGUUGAAGAUGAAGAAGAUAUUCUGAAUAUAGAAGUUAAGGUCGACAAAGAGGAGCAACUACCCGAAAGUACUGAAUUCCUGACUGACUUUGUCGACAACCCUGCUGACCCAAGAUACAAAAUACCCCCAUUUAAACAAUGCCGCACCAAUCAAAUAGCAGUUGGAAAGUCUAUGGUAAAAGAAGUUAGUGGAUAUCAUUGUGCAAAGUGUCGUCGUUUUAUGCUUACAUCCGAUGAUAUGACUGCUCAUCUACGAGGGAUCACUCAUUAUCGCAAUUUUGUACUGGAAAUUGAGUCACAAAUUUCCAAAUUACAAAGCGGCGAGGCUAAAUCUACAAAUGAUAUUGAGAGAGAUCCCAAAAUCCAGAAAAACAAUGAAGAGUAUGAAGGAAAUUGGAAGAGACGUAAAGUAGCUCACUCAGAAGACGAGGAGGGUUCAGAUCCUAAAAAGCCCCGUGUUACAGAGGACAGUUCAGCAUCAUCUCAAGUAAAGCCAUCUGACGGGGCCGAAAAAUAUGAUCCGUUGGAGGCGGAUAUUGAGAGUGAAGAGGAUCUCAUACAAGGUGAUGAACGAAAGUCAUCUGCUGAUAUAAUGUGGGCUGAUAUGGACAAUGACGUUGACAUUGAAAUCGGCAAUCUACUCGGAGAAGAUAACACCGAAGAAAAAGAAUCAAGCCCAGAUACAACUCAUGCAUCUCAAAAAUUAGAAAAAGCAGUUCCAGCAGCAAAGCCUCUUACUCCAGGACGUGGACGUGGAGGUUAUCGUGCUCGUGGAAAUAAAGCACGGAGAUCGCGUCGUUAAAAAAUAAAAAUGCCUAAUAUAUCGAAUGAAACUUA